UCAGAUGUCCUCCAUGGCUGGACUUGCUGGUGUCUGCACCAUGAGAAACGGAUAUGUAAGGUUGCUACCGGCAGGACUCUUGGUGCUGCUGCUGCUGUUGACACUGGACACUAGAGCCUCUGCCUCCACAGCCUGUGCUCGGUGGUGCCCUCCGAACUCCUCAUGUGUCAAUGCCACCGCCUGUCGCUGUCAUCCAGGAUUCAGUUCUUUAUCUGGGGAGAUCAUCACCAGCCCUUUGGAGAGUUGUGAUGACAUCAACGAGUGUGGACCACCCCUGACAGUGUCCUGUGGAAAAUUCGCAGACUGCCAGAACACGGAGGGGAGCUACUACUGCACAUGCAGCCCGGGAUACGUGCUCAUUUCUGGAGCAAAAAUGUUCAAAAAUGCGAUUGAGAACACGUGUCAAGAUGUGAAUGAAUGUGCUUCGGAGCAAAAACCAUGCCACAAAUCCACACACUGCCUCAACACUGUGGGCAGUUAUAACUGCCGCUGCCGCCCUGGCUGGAAGCCAAUGCCUGGGUCCCCCAAUGGCCCAAACAACACCAUCUGCAAAGUGAACUUCCCCACCUGGGCCCCACCCCCUGGAAUCAAGAGCCAGAGGCUCUCCCGCUUCUUUCAAAGAGUCCAGGAUUUGGGCAGAGCCUUCAUGCCUGCCUUGGCCAAGGACACCAUCCAGGACGUCAUACAGAUGGUGGAUGAGCUACUGGAGACUCCUGGAGACCUGGAGACCCUGCCCCACUCAGAGCAGCACCGUGUGGCCACCAUCCUGCUUGUUGGCCAGGAGCAAGCCCUGAGAUGGCUGAGCAAGGCCCUGCCCAAUGGGCCACUGACCUUUAAUUCAUCUACAGGCACAGAACUGUCUCUGGAGGUGCAGGAGCAAGGACACAGGAACGUCACCUUGAGUCAGCUUCAAGCGAAGAUGCUGCUGAACUGGGACGUGGUGCAGGAAUCUGGUGACUCAGGCCCUUCUUUUGUGGGCCUUGUCUCCACCCCAAGAAUGGGCAAGUUGCUGGCUGAGGCUCCCCUGGUCCUGGACACUAAGGAACAGGCAGUUCUGAAUGAGACACACAAGGUCUUGCGGCAGGGAGUCCCCCCUGUCCUGCUCUCAAGUGUCAUUUCAGCCUUUAUGAGCAACAAGAACACCCAGAACCUCAGCUCCCCAGUCACCUUCAUCUUCAAGCAUUCAGUGACCCCUUGGCCAAGGCAGAAGGUAUUCUGUGUCUUCUGGGAACAUGGCCAGAAUGGAAGUGGUUAUUGGUCCACCAAAGGCUGCUGGAUGGUGGUCACCAGAGAUACCAGCACCACCUGUCAAUGCACCCACCUCAGCAGCUUUGCUGUCCUUAUGGCCCAGUAUGAUGUGCAGGAGGAGGACCCCGCCCUGGCUGUGAUCACCUAUGUGGGGCUGAGCCUGUCUCUGCUGUGCCUCCUCCUGGCGGCUCUCACCUUCCUGCUGUGCAAAGCCAUCCAGAACACCAGCACCUCUCUCCACCUGCAGCUCUCGCUCUGCCUCUUCCUGGCUCACCUGCUCUUCCUCACGGCCAUCGACAGAACUGAGCCCGAGGUGCUGUGCGCCAUCGUCGCGGGUGCCUUACACUACCUCUACCUGGCCUCCUUCACCUGGAUGCUGCUGGAGGGCCUGCACCUCUUCCUCACCGCACGCAACCUGAUGGUUGUCAACUACUCCAGCGUGAGCAGGUUCAUGAAGAAGUUCAUGCUCCCUGUGGGCUACGGAGUCCCGGCUGUGAUUGUGGCCAUUUCGGCAGCUUCCAGGCCUCACCUUUAUGGAACGCCCACCCGAUGCUGGCUCCAUACACACGAAGGAUUUAUAUGGGCUUUCCUUGGCCCCGUCUGCACCAUCUUCUCUAUUAACUUGGCUUUCUUUCUGAUGACCUUCUGGAUUCUGAAAAACAAGCUCUCCUCACUCAACAGUGAUGUGUCCACCCUCCAGAACACGAGGAUGCUGACAUUUAAAGCGACAGCUCAGCUCUUCAUCUUGGGCUGCACAUGGUGUCUGGGCAUCUUUCAGGUGGGCUCAGCUGCCCGCACCAUGGCCUACUUCUUCACCAUCAUCAACAGUCUGCAGGGCGUCUUCAUCUUCCUGGUGUACUGCAUCCUUAGCCAGCAGGUCCGGGAGCAAUACAAGAAAUGGUUGAAAGGGGUCAAGAAAACCAAAACCAAGUCUGAGACGUACACCCUCUCCAGCAGGGCCAUGUCUGAUGACUCCAAACCCUGCACAGAUAAUUAAAUUUACAACUAAACCAGAUGAUCUUGUCUCCUGGAAAAUGAGGACAAUUGUGAACUAUCAUCCUUUGGUCAAAGAGAAGAGAAAAUCCUGAAUCGUGUUUGUUAUAAGUUAACUCUUCAUGGCACCAUUGUGGAAGAAAGUAUGCAGUAAAUGUUUGACAUUCAGUUGCUGGAGAAUUGGGGUUUUCUGGUCCGUACAGCAGGAUCAUCUCACUCCAAGCACAGUCAAGGAGCUAUGACCCAAUUCCCCAGUUACCUUUUUCUACAAAGAUGUUCCUCAAGUCAAGUACUUGUAUAUAACUCGGACAAUCAUCCUCAAAGGACUUUCUUAAAACAGUAUAAGAGAGGAAAGUAACGUUUAGUCAAAUACCUAUAUUUGGUCUCCCUACCUAUAUGCCUUGACUUCUUCACUCUCCGUUUUUAAAGUCUUAAUUAAUUUUUCACUCAAAGGCUAUUUUUUAUUACUUACCAUGUGCUGCACACUGAUCAAGACAGAUCCAAUUCUUGAUUUCACAGAGCUUAGAUGUAAAAAAAUGGUUUCCUCAGUUAGAGUAAAAUCAGAACCCUGUGAAGAGAGUCUCUAUCUCUGUAAAUUGUGUAUUAUUUCAUCCUCACCAUUUGAUCUAGGCAAGGUCUAAAUCUGGAGCAGUUACACCUGCAAGAAAUUUCUGUGGGCUCCCCCAACCAUAUUUGUAUAAUUUGAACAUAAUGGGAAAUGACUGUAAAGGAUUAUAACAUAUUAAAUAAAAAAGAUCCAUGAGUCCAUCACAAUACCUAAAAAUAUCAGCCAAUAAUUGUAAAAGACAUGAUAAAAUAAGAAACAUCAUGUUUUUUCAAUAUCCAGUAAAUGACUACUAAAACACGAGGUGAAAGGCCAUUGGAGAACAGGCUAAUCCAAGAGUGUGAAAAAAUCACCUCACAGAUUACUGUUGAUUCCAAGGGCCAAAGUAUACAUUUACAAUUUGGAGAUCUGACAGUCACCAUUUGAACUUAAUGAUCAGGCUUAUAAUGAAUAGUGGGCAACCUGACAUUAGAUAUCUCCUGAUAAGACAUGAAGUUACAAUAUCAUGUUUGUGGUAAAUAAAGAAUUAUUGACAUAUCUACCUUCCAGGGUUAUUAUGAACAUUAAAUAAGUUAAUACAUGUAAAAGGCUUAGAACAGGGUUUCCUGGUAAACACCCGUUAAAUGUUAGCUAUUGAUAUUGGUAUGCCUGGAAGGGUUUUUGUGUGCUGGCCAAACGUUGGUUGUGUUGCUAAUUAAAUGUUACCUAAACUGAUUAAAAUUGAGUAUAAAUAGAGUUGUUUCAUGAAAACUAAGUUUAGUUCUUUGAAAAGAACAGAUAACAUUGAUUUGCUAAAAAGUGGUCACCAAAUCACUUAAGGGCAAAACUGCUGUGAAAAGUAGAGGAAAAAUUGUAAAACUAUAAGGAAUCUGUAUUCCAUAUGCUUUGCAGAUGACUAACUUUCAUGCUACAGUUGACCUUUGAAUAAUAUGAGUUUGAUCUGAGUGUGUCCACUUAUACAUGGAUUUUCCCCCAAUAAACACUUGCUUAUACACUGAUCUAUGAGUCUA